AUGGGUCUCAUGACAAUGUUCCACGCCUCGGGUUCCAAGGAGCUCGUGCCGGUCAUUCCCCCAGUCGCGGUUUACGACGAGUUCGUGGCCCAAGUUCCGACGACGCUUUGUCUUAAAGAGAAAGCUUGGAGCAUGUCUGGGGACGACUUUGGCAUCACCGACGCCAACACGCGCAAGACAGUUCUCAAGUGCAAGGGCAAGUACAUGACCCUUCACGACCGGAAAAAAAUCGAGUCGCCCAACGGAAAGGUGCUGUUCAACUUGUCGGACAAGAUGCUAUCUAUCCGCAAGACGACCGUCGGUGAGGACCACCGUGGGCGUGAGGUCCUCAAGGUGGUCAAGAAGUGGUCGCCCGGGUCCAAGCUCACGGCGACGGCUGUGGACAAGGACGACAAGGAACACACGCUUGUGCUCAAUGGCGACAUGUAUGGUGUUAGCGCCAACAUCGAGCUCAAGAACGGUAUACCGCUCGCCCAUAUUAGCCGCAAGCUCGUCACGGUUACCGAUAUAGUUGCGGACAAACAGACGUACUACGUCACGAUUGCGCCGGGUGUCGACGUCUCGCUCAUCGCUGCCGUGUGUAUCGUCUUUGACGAGGUCAUGAACGAGGAGAAGGAGAAGUAG